GAUGCGGCAGGUAAACUAGUAAACCAGUUUUACCGAUCAUGUAUUUUCUCAAUUUAUUAUUAAAUUUUGUAUUAUUUAUUUCCAUUUUUCUAACAUGUUGCGUCACGUUUUGUGAAGAAUCAGGAAACAACAACCAAACAAGAUGGCAGAAAUAUUUGAAAUUAAUUGAGACAAGUAACUCAUUCUAUGAAGAUUGUGCUGAAAAUGAUGCUGAAUGCAUUUGUCAUGAAGAAUUAAUGAAUGAAGAUCUAGCCAUAUUUGCCAGAGAUGGUGGUAUAAAAAAAGAGAUAUUUGAUCAGGCAAAACAGAAAGGGAUUCAUUAUCAAGUCAUCAACCACAAGUUAUUUAGGGAGAGGAAAUGUAUGUUUCCAUCAAGAUGCAAAGGGGUAGAGCAUUUCAUCUUAGAGAUAAUUCAUGAACUACCAAAUAUGGAAUUCAUCCUGAAUGUUAAUGACCACCCACAAGUCUAUAAGCAUGGUCCCAAGUUCCCUGUCUUCUCCUUCAGUAAAGUUAGAUCAGAGCAUUAUGACAUCACAUAUCCUGCCUGGACGUUUUGGGAGGGGGGUCCAGCGGUCUGGCCCAUAUACCCCGUUGGACUGGGCAGGUGGGACGAACAGAGGAAAAUUAUCUCAAAAGCAGGAAAGGAUCACAAAUGGUCGAAGAAACAUAGCAAGGCCUUCUUCAGAGGCUCUCGAACGAGUGCCGAGAGAGACCCAUUGAUACUUAUGUCGAGAAUUGAACCAGAGCUCGUUGAUGCCCAGUAUACUAAAAACCAGGCCUGGAAAUCUGACGAGGACACAUUGGGCAUGCCUGCUGCUACUGAAGUUAAGUUGGAGGACCAUUGUCCAUAUAAGUACCUCUUCAAUUUCCGAGGUGUGGCGGCCAGCUUCCGUCUGAAGCACCUUUUUUUAUGCAGGUCCUUAGUUUUCCACGUCGGUGAAAAGUGGGUGGAAUUUUUUUACCCCUCCCUGCGACCCUGGGUUCAUUACAUACCCGUCAAAAAUGAUCUCUCCGAUGUCAAGGAAUUGAUAUUAUUUGCUAAAGAGAAUGACGACCUCGUCAAAGAGAUCGCUGAUAGAGGUUACAGGUUCAUAAAGAAUCACCUACGUAUGCAAGAUGUCAGUUGUUAUUGGAAAAAGUUACUGUUGAGGUAUGCCUUGAUGUGUAAGUGGAGAACUGUGCCUGACCAAUCUUUAUUCGACGUUCGUUACGUCAGAGAUGAAUUAUAAUUAAUAAUUAGGAUUAAUUAGGAUUAUAUUAUUUAGAAAUUAUGAUUAUAUAUGUGUAGAGAGUGAGAUUUAUGAUGAAAAUUGUGUUGUCACUUAGCAUGUGGCAGAUGUGUCAUCAGUGCUAUUGAGUUAUUUUAUUGAUACGUAAUCGUUGGUCUUGCAAGAUGAUUGUUGUUUGUUUGUUUGUUAUUCUUAUCUAUUUGUUUUGUUGUCAUUUUGAUGUUAUGACCUUUGUAUGAUCACCACUGUAUAAUACAUUAAAUUUAUGUUAAGAAUUUCUGCUGUCGGCAGAUUAUUAUUUUUAUAUUUAUUGCUCUCACAAUGAUGGCUACAUUAAAGUUCAAAGUUCAGACUACGACAAACGCUAGUUAUUUGAUUCUUACUGUUUCAAAUUUUUAUUUUCAGAACAAAAAAAUAUUCUUAAACGUGUU